GCGUCAUCAACAUGCCGGCGCCGUUGCCGUUACUAGGGAGGCGCUAGUUCUACUCCAUCCCCCUUGAAAGAGUCAGGCCAUUACGUCGAGCUGGCCCCACCGCAUUUCUGGCGGAAGCGAUCCGGCCCUUUGCGCCGCCCAUCGAGGAAGGGGGUUGCGCAAAAGCAAUCUCCCCGAAUCAAGACAGAACAGGAAGCACCCCAGCUUCACCAGUGGCACGACCCGUCAACAUCCCCGGACUGACUCCUCCCCCCCCCGGUUUCCCAUCUUACAUCAUCGCCAAGUCCCUGCCGCCGUCUCCAUUAAUGGCCGAGGACUCGGACCGGGGUUCCUCGGCGGCUGGCAGCCCCCAUUCGGCCCACUUGCCGCCGAAGAAAAACACGAGGUCUCGGACCGGCUGUCUCAACUGUCGGAAGCGGAAGCGGAAGUGCGAUGAAGGCCGCCCGGCUUGCGUGGCUUGCUCUCGCCGCAACGAGACCUGCGAGUGGGGAAUCAAGGUCACCUUCCGGGACGAGAACGCGUUUUCCAUCGUCAGGGACCAUCGGUCCAUGACAAGAGGUUCCAGGAAACGGCCGCGGUCCUACGAGAUCACGGAUGUGACCGACGAGGUGUCUCGAAGCUACCAUCAACCAUCGCCGUCCAACACCUCCUUCAACUACUUUGAAGCCAGCCCGGAGCCGCUCAUCAAUGCCCCGUCAAACAGCCAGUAUGCUGCAUCACUCGCAUAUGGCCAUGUAUCGCCCGAGAGAUCAUCUCUAUCCUCGGCAACCGCUCCUGGACCGCUGUUUUCGCAUGCACACCUUCCCAAGCCUGCUGCUGCCAGGCUGUCUAGCAGCAUACCGCAUCCGCAGUUCCAGUCGUCACCAUCCCCUAGUAUUCCCACCGAAAGCGCCGUGGCCACCCUGAUGUCUCUCAGCCGAGGUAGUCCAGGUAAUCAAAAUCAAGCCACCACCGUCUCCUGCCCCGCUCAGCCCACGGCCUUUCCCAACAAUAAUAACAUCCACCCAUCACCGGGCAUCCAGGGCUACAUCGACCAACUGCCAUCGCCAGAAGGGUCCUACGACGAUGGCAUUUUCCGGCCGGGGUCGGUGUACCACGAGCUCCACUCGACCCUGAGGAACCACCUCAUCCACGAGGUGCGCUCAAGCGGCCCGACGCGGCCGGGAACACCUGCACUAGAGAGUCAAGGGCGAGCACCAAGGGAGACCGCCGACGUCGACGCGCUCAACUCGGCCGAACCCCCCAGCGCCGCCGAGUGGCCGGCAUCCCUGUCGGACGACAAUGAAGCCCCCGCGCUGUCUCAAGAGGAGGAGUGCCUGCUCUGGAAGAACUGGAUCGAGGAGAUUUCACCCUGGGUUGACAAGUUUGACAGCCAGCGACACUUCUUACACUCCCUCCUUCCCAUGGCCCGGUCAAACAAACACCUAAAGUACUCGAUGCUGGCCCUGUCGGCGCGGCAGCUGGAGAGAAAAGACCCUAGCCUGCCGACGGAUCGAAGCCUGGCUCUCUACCAGCAGGCAAUCCACCUGCUCCUCCCCCUGCUGCACACGCGCACCACAGCCGUCAUCGCGUCGUGCGUCGUCCUGUGCGUGCUCGAGAUGCUCAGCUGCUCGCCUAAGGCGUGGAGGCGGCACCUCGACGGGUGCGCGAGCCUCAUGCAGGCAGUGGGCAUCAACGGGUUCGUCGGCGGGGUGGAGCAGGCACUGUUCUGGUGCUUUGCCCGGAUGGACGUGUGCGGCGGCCUGAUAUCCUCGGUCAAGACGCUGAUUCCCGUGGGCAGCUGGGCCACCAAGAUCGACCUCGACGCCGACGUGGGGCUGUUACGGUCGACCAAGGGGUUCGACAUGUGCGCCAACCACGUCGUGUAUCUCGUCGCGCAGGUGCUCGACCUCCUGGCCCCCUCAGUCAACGCCCCGCACGGGGUCACGGUCGGGAUCGAGCCCCGGACCGACCAGCCGUUCAAGACGCGUUGGCUGAAGCUCUGGCGCCAUCUCCAAGACUGGCACGACCGGCGACCUCCGGAGAUGCACAACGUUAUGUCCAUCCCGUCGUCCGACUCCAGCCCCUUCCCCACGAUCCUGUACAGCAACCCGGCCGCCAUCUCGGGCAACCAGCUGUACCACACGGGGUCGAUCCUGAUGUUGCAGAACAUGCCGGUAUCGCUGCGCCUGACGCCACGCCCGAAGUCGAUCCUGUGGCACGCGAGGCGGGUUUGCGGCAUCUCGAUUACGAACCACCACCAUGGCGCGUGGACGAACAGCAUACAGCCCUUGUGGAUUGCCGGGCGAUGUAUGAGCCAUCCGUCGGAGCAUAGAGCGAUUCUCGAGGUGCUUUCCAAGAUUCAGAGGGAGAGUGGUUGGGCUGCUGAGUGGAGGGCUGAUGAUCUGAAGGAGUUUUGGGGCGAGCUGAGUGAUUAGUGACCAUGAGCAUGGUUGAUGCGACGGAUUUCUUUAAUUACAUGAGAAACGCAAACUCUGUAUAUUCUAAUUACCUACCUAGUAUCAAGUCUCCUCACCCGA